GAUACCAGCAAAAACAACCGCACUUUUGAUACACCUGUGAAGGGACCACCAGUUGGACCAAGGCUACACAUCGAUAUCCCCAGGGUCCAACUUCUCAUUGAAGAUAAAGAGGGUGUUAAACAACUUGGAGAUGAUAAAGCAACACUGCCGGUGACAGACCCUGAAUUCAGCCCAACUGUGAACCCACAGAGCUUCUGUACUGGAGUUUCUUUGCAUCACCCUGCAUUGAUCCAAAACUCUGGGCCACUUAUUGAUAUGUCUGACAUCCGUCCAGGAACCAAUCCAGUUUCUCGAAAAAGUGUAAAGUCUGCUCACAGUACCAGAAACCGAUACUCAAGCCAGUGGACACUCACUAAAUGCCAGAGUUCCACUCCUGCCAGAACUCUGACCUCUGAUUGGAGGACAGUGGGGUCACAACAUGGCAUUACUGUGACUGAGAGUGAUAGUUACAGUGCCAGCCUUUCUCAGGAUACAGACAAAGGUCGGAACAGCAUGGUCUCAACAGAGAGUGCAUCCUCCACAUAUGAAGAACUGGCACGUGCCUAUGAGCAUGCCAAGCUUGAAGAACAGCUACAGCAUGCCAAGUUUGAGAUUACAGAAUGCUUCAUCUCAGACAGUUCCUCAGAUCAAAUGACAACAGGAACCAAUGACAAUGGGGACAGUAUGACCUCCAUGAGCACUCCUUCUGAGCCAGGCAUUUGUCGCUUCACUGCAUCGCCUCCCAAACCACAAGACAGUGAUCCAAGCAAGAAUGUGGCUGUGCCUAUCCCUCACAGAGCAAAAAGUGAAUACUGCAAUCUUCCAUUGUAUGUAAAAUCUGAUCCCCACUUUCGUAAGCCUGACCUUCAUGACCCUUGUCCUGUAGUGCCUCCAAGAGAGGCCUCUAUGCGUAAUCUGAGCCGCGGUUAUCACUCACGCCAUCUGACUCUAGAGCCGGGUGCUAAACCCCCACCUGGCCUGUCCCACCCAACUCCAUCUGGUGGGAACUUACCUCAACGGACUCUUCACAUGGCUGGUGCUUCGGCCUCUGCUCCAUCAGCCCCCACAGCCACAGCACCAUCUGCCCCCGCUGAACCCGCUGCCUCUGCCGGACCUUUAGAGAAUCGCCUACCUGCCCAGCACAGCAAGAUGGGUGGCUCUCGGGACUCUUUACUGGAAAUGAGCAAUUCUGGAGGUGGCCGGGCACAGAAACAAGGAGCUGGAGCCUAUUCUAAAUCUUACACUUUGGUCUGA